UAAUAAUAUACUUCGAAUUAUCAUUACAACUCUUUGUAUAAACUGUACUGGUACGGUACCAUACACAUAAAAUAAAAAAUAAAUUUUAUUGACAUACUUAUUUCUGGUUUUCGGGAACGUUCAAGUUUCAUUCAAACAGCCAAGUCUCAAAUUAAAACAUUGGUUUAUUAAUUAUUAUUUUACUUGAAGAGUUUAUAGCUUACAUACUUAAACCUAGAAAUCUACUAUCAUGUCAGCAGCAGAAGAACAGGACGAAACCCCUGAUGUCUUGGAGGAGACGGGAGCUCUGGAGGCCGACGUCGGGGCUCGAUUUGAUUACCAACUUAGUAACAUCGACCCGAGGCUCAAGAUCGACAUGGACCCUCUGGCACACAGAGACUUCCGCCCCGAAAUGAUGUUCAUACGGGAUGAGCUGCGCCAGGCCAAGUUUCAAGCCCUCGCCGUUCGCCGCAUGGCUCUCAAGCAGUUGCUGCUGCAGGACUUCAUCCGCGAGGACUGCGAGCUCCGGAACCUCGGGCUGGCGUACGCGCCGGCCGAUUCCUAACCAGCAAUCCGAACCGUCAAGCCCUAUUUAACUAUAAAUAAACUUCUGCAAUAUCGCA